AUGAUCGCAAUCAUCACCAUAGGCGACUGCGAGCUGAUUGUGCUGCGCAGGGUGAAGGGGGCUCGGCAACCGCUUGAGAUCGUGUGCCACACGGAGAUGCAAAGAAUUGAUGGCCAUGCCCAAACACCUUUGCAGCUUGCCCGGGUGGAUGCCCGAAUCGAUCCGAACUUUCAUGAGGCCCUCACGAUCGAAGUGAUAGAACGAGGUAGUGCAGUUCACUGCGUCUCGGCAUACGAGGGUGACAUUGUCAUCAUGGGCAGCGAUGGAGUGUUUGACAACCUCUACCUGGACGAAAUCAUGGAGUUGGCAAACGCAAUGCUGCCUCCAACCCAAGCGGGCCAGCACUUUUCCGAAGCGCAGAUGAAGGCUCUGGCCCAGCAGAUCGUGGAGGCAUGCCACGCAAAGACUCGCCCCGGCCCCAUGGGGCAGCUACGGGAAGCCCCGAUUGGUCGUGGAGGCAAGAAGGACGACACGUCCUGUGUAGUGGCAGAAGUUGUUGAGUGGACGAAGGAGCAUGCCAGGGUCUGGGCGACUCCAGAAAACGGCUUCGGUUGGACCUCCAUGAUGAACAACUUCUUCCCGCUCAACUUGAACGGCUGUUGUGUGGCUUCGUACGACUCCGAUGACGAGGUGGAUUUGCGAAAGCCAGCCUCCAAGAAGCCGACGAACUUCCAGAACGAGAUGCAGAGUGGAGUUCACAACGGACAGUGGAAUGGACAGCAGAGAAACAACGGCCUCAGCAUGCCCAAUUCCGCUCCCUCAGCACCAAAUCCCUCCAACUAUCCCUACCCAUCAACAUCCAGCAUGCCCAGCAUGCCACAACCACUCCACCAACCGGAGCAACAACCCAGGCCAGUCCAGCCGGCCCAGCAGGCCCAGCAGGCCCAGCAGUUGCAGAUGCAGAUGCAGAUGCAGAUGCAACAGCUCCAACAACAGCAACAACAGCAGAUGCCGAUGCAAUAUCCAGCAGUGAAUCCAUAUUCAGCGUAUGCAAGUCCAUAUGCUCAGCAGCCCCAACAACCACUGUAUUCCGGUGGCCAAGCAAGCAGUGCCGGUGCCGGUUAUGGUUAUAUGGCCGGAGGCUAUUCGGGUGUCGCCAGCAAUCCAGUGUAUGGCAGUUACGGUGGCUGCGGCGCUUACGGCCGCUACGGCUGA